ACCAAAGCAAAGAACCAGAAACCCAGAAAGACAAGAACCAAAGUCGAAACAAGCAGUGCCCCUGUAGGGCGCUAGCCUGCCCACACAGUGAACAAGUUCCCAGGAACACAGUGUUCGUGCCCAGGCUGUGAAAUGUUCCAAAGUUUUGAUGCUGCCUCGCGUUUUUAAACACAUCUUUGCUGCUUUAAGGGCUUUUGUGUCUGCUGCGUUUUGGGCAGAUUUUCAUGUUUGUUUACCACAUCCUGCCUGACACAAUCAUUGUUUUCUACAUCUCACGUCCUCGUGGGACACAACGUGCGUGACAAAAAAUGACAGUUAUGGUUGGUAAAUUAUUUUUGCUAAAAUAAAAUAAAAAAAACUUAUAAAUGUUUUAUAAAAUUUCAAGAAGAUCUUCUAGUGUGAGUUUAAUUAGAUGGCCACCUCCACGAUAACCCAGCUUAGACCACCGGGAGAGUUCUGCCCGCUCCUCUGAACCCACCACCGGAUCUCACUCCCGGUGCGCCGAGCUGCAGCGGUGCGCUCCCUCCCUGUCCCCUAUUGGCUGCAGUGCUCCAUUCCCGUCAGCUGAACGCUGAUUGGACACCCCCCUCUCUCUCUCCUCUACCGGCAGCACGAGCUCGGCGUGCGGCGCGAGAGACGCGGAGGAGACGGAUCAGAGCGGAGCUCGGUUCGAGCCCGGGACAAGUUUUACAGAGAGGAGCAGCCUCCGGGAGCCGGCGCAGACACGGUUUGAAAAGACGGAGCCCAAAUUGUGCCGGAUGAGAGCCAGCUGUGUCAGAGGACACCGCGGACUUUCCUGCUCGUAUUAAGCUCCGCCCACAGGCUCGGGGACUUCUGCAUUCCUGAGAGGUCCCUCAGAUUUAUGAGACCACUACAUCGCCCGUACGAGACCGAACUCAUGCCAUCCAGCCCCACCAAACCCCGACCGUGCCGACACUAAUUUAUGCCAUCUGAGAAAAUUGAAAGCCUUUCUGUGAGCUGCGAUGGGACUUGAUGAGGCCGGAGACAUGAUGAGACAUCUCCCCAGAGCUGCUUUCUGAUAGACGUCGGAGGAAUCGGUUAUCUGAAAUUAAUGUCAGCGGCGUCGCGGAGGCAGCCUCAAGCUGCGCCGCCGGCUCUAACUCACCCCAUGGAGGCCCGGCCUCCAUGUUUCCAACACCACUGCCGAUGGUAACGCCAGCCAAGUGCGGAGCGAUGCCUUCUAAGGUCUCGUGCUUGUACUUGCUGACGGUGGUGUGCUGGGCCAGUGCUCUGUGGUACCUGAGUGUGUCCCGUCCUUCAUCCUACAUCGGCCCGAUGUCCUUCCAAGUGCGCAAAGCCACCAAGAACUCCACGAUCAGCAACAUCCGAGCACGCUCUCUCAACCCGCACGACUUUGGCUACCUCAUCAACGAGGCCAAGAAGUGUGAAACCGAGCCUCCUUUCCUCGUCAUCCUAAUCAGCACCACCCACAAGGAGUUUGACGCCCGCCAGGCCAUCAGGGAGACAUGGGGGGACGAGACCACGUUCCCAGACGUCCGGGUGGUCACACUUUUCCUUUUGGGUCGAAGCACCGAUGCUGUCCUCAACCAGAUGUUGGAGCAGGAGAGUCAGAUCUUUCAUGACAUCGUGGUGGAGGAUUUUAUCGACUCGUACCACAACCUGACCCUUAAGACGCUGAUGGGCAUGCGCUGGGUGGCCACCUUCUGCGCCAAAGCUCAGUACGUUCUUAAAACAGACAGUGACAUCUUUGUCAACAUGGAGAAUCUCAUCUACAACCUCCUGAAGCCCACCACUAAGCCCAGGAGGAGGUAUUUCACAGGCUACGUCAUCAACGGCGGGCCGAUCAGAGACAUGCGCAGUAAGUGGUACAUGCCCAGGGACCUCUACCCAGACAGCAAGUACCCCCCCUUCUGCUCGGGAACCGGCUACGUCUUCUCAGCAGACGUGGCCGAGCUCAUUUACGGAAUCUCCUUGCACACCAGGCUGCUGCACCUGGAGGAUGUGUAUGUUGGUGUAUGUCUCCGUAAGUUAGGCAUCCACCCCUUUCAGAACAGCGGCUUCAACCACUGGAAAAUGGCCUACAGCCUAUGCCGCUACCGCCGUGUGGUCACCGUCCACCAGAUUUCCCCGGAGGAGAUGCACCGCAUCUGGAACGACAUGACCAGCAAGAAACACCUCAAGUGUUAGCACAACUGGAGGUGUUUCUUGCUGGUCGAGGAGCUGAAGAGGAACUAAGCCUCCUAUUGCCUUACACUUCUCCAUCAUGGGCAAACGGCCCACGGAUCAGUUCUGCUGAAGCCUUCAGGGCUUUAUCGAGCUCUGGCCGCUUGGCCAGGAGUUCCUCCCGUGCAAGACCAAAGCAAAGUCCUCGGUAUCAUCGUGUCGGCGCUGACAUCAAGGCGUUUCGGUGCUGCUGACAGUUAAAGUUGGAAACAUGUAUCCCAAGAAUGUGCAGAACCCUCAGGCGGCUGCUCGUCCGUAUCAGCGGUGCCGUGAUUUUUACAUGAAAUUACACGACGGGAAGCGUUACGGCUUGUGUCGACCUCCUCAUGCGCAGCAUUUUCAAGGCAAGCGCUGUCUCUACUUUUCCCAAAACUGCCGCUGACAGAGAUGUCAGAGAUGUCGACACGCUUGUUGGAAGCUCCCGCUGGCUUGAUCCCAUGCUCUGAUUCUGAAUGUUCAUGUUUGCUGUUCGUUCUGAGCAAGGUGUUACGGUGGGAUGGAUGGCAGCGGGAGUCCUCGGUGAUGUUGCCAUCAGUGUACAAAUGCAUAUCAACUGUAUUAAUGAAGGGACAGCCAUCCUCUUCUAUGAAAACGUAUUUUCUUACGGAAGAUUGAAACAGAUUUGUACAGAGCAAAAACUAGACUAAAAAAAAGGGCCGGAUCAGAAUGAAGAUGCUGGCUUUCUGUAGUGAAUGUUGACCUCUGUUUAAGGGAUAGUUUAGACCUUUUGAAGCAGGUUUCUGUGGAAAGGUGAUGAAGAAAUGGAAAUGAGUUUUAAAGCGCUCGUUAACAAGCCAGGUUGUCUCCUCAGAUCGGCUCUUUACUGAUCGACGGACCCCAAAAUUCCACUAUCUCCGCUCCGCUCCGGCACGAACUCCGCAACAAAAACGGUCCCGUUGUAGUCCAUCAGAGCUGUUCCACUACUGCGGCCGUGCGGCGCGGUGUGCCGCCCGCCGUUCCGCCAUCCGGCAAAAAUAGGAUUGAUUCUAUUUUUGCCGGACGCCGGAGCACCUCCGCAGUCAAUGGACAGAAAUCACAACCGCCCAACAGGAAAGGGAGCGAGCACAGCUUCCGUUAUUUCACAAUAAAUCGAUAAACAAAAAGUGUUUUAUUGUUUCAUAUGCACAGGUUUAACAACUUUUAAUAACUAUCAAUGGCGGCUGAACUUUAAAUACACAAAAAUAAGCCAUAAAUACAGUUUCCACUAUCAAAGUACUCACCCUUUGUUGAUCCAAACACUGCUGAUCUCUCAACACAAAUGAUGGGCAGAUUAAACAGUUCAUGCCGAUGCUUCUCCCACACAACGGGUGUUUGGAUCUAACUUCCGCAUUUAUUGCUCGGACUGUAUCGCAAGAUCUCGAAAAUCCUGCGCAUGCCUGUUUGCGCACCUCAGGUCUCCGCACCGGGGCGGAGCCGUUGUAGAGCGGGUACAGUAUAAUUUGAGUUCGGAAGCGAGCGACAGCGGAAAGCGGGGGCGGAGCGGAGAUAGUGGAAUUUUGGGGUAACCCUAACCCUGCUUAAAUUACCGCAUACCGAUAACAACCAUAAUGCUGCCAAAGUGUCAGAGGUGCAAACACGCUGGUGGCAGCCGACUUAUAAACCACUGUUAUGUUAACAGACUACUAAUCUAGCCCUCCGUCUGACACGUUUGUCUUUAAUUAUUACUCAGUGUAGCAAACACUGGUCCUCCAGGGCUACUGCCUGACAUGUUUUAGUUGUUUCUCUGCUUAGAUACACUUCAGUAAAUUUAGAGUCUCCUAGGCGUAUCUUUGGUCUCCACAGAAGUCUGGUGAUCAUCAGUUGUUCCAAAUCAGGUCUUCUUGGCCGAGAAAAGGUAAAACGUGCAGGGGAGUGCGAAAAAAGUUUUUAGCAAGAAUUUUUUUACGUUAUUUCUUCAUUUUAUCAAAACGGUCAACUUUAAACGGGCAGAUUUCUGAACUAAACAAACGUACCACCUGUAUGGUGGGACAGUGGCUCAGGGGUUGGGAGUGUGCCCUAUGACCAGUGGGUUGCUGGUUCAAGCCCAGAUCUGUGUCCGUCACUGUGUCCAUAUGCAAGACGCUCCACCUUUCUUCCCUGCUGUUGCUGAUUUUGGGGGGCGAUGACUUUGAGUGUGUGGCAGCCUCGUUUCUGUCCCCGUGGCAGCUGUGGCUAAUGUAGCUCAUCACCACCAGUGGGCUCUGGAGUCCCUGACUUAGAAAAGAGUUAUACAAAUGCAAUAUUUUUAUAACAAAAAUUGUCACACACUAAAACUACUUUAGACUGCAAUGUUCCUGUGAGCCCCGAACUGCAAAAGUGUCAAUUAUUUUAAGGAUUUGAAGCCUUAAAAUGCUAAAUAAAAUAAAACAUUUCUACAUUUAUGAUCAGGUGGUGCUUAUAGUCUGGACAAUGUAGUUGAUAUGAUUAAAUAUUACAGUAAAUUUGAAUAAGAGUAUGUCUAUAAACACGGAAAAACCAUCAAACUCAAUUUUAAGAUUUGAGGGAUUGAUGGAGUUAUUUUUAUUUCAUAUAGAUAUUUUUUAUAAUAUUUACUAUUUAUAUUGAUGUGAUGAUAUAAAUCACCAACUUACAUCUUUAUGUUGCUCCAGUUUAUUGAAAAUGGAUUUUAAUGGCCUUUUUAGCACUUUUCUAACAAUGUGGACGAGAUUCUCGCAAUUAAUUGUGGGUACCAUAUGACAUUAGAACAAUGUUGAUCAGUAUGAAGAAAUCUUUGAUUACAGGAAAUUUCACAGUAGGAUUUUAUUUAGGUGGAGUUGUUCGGAAACACACAUGGAAACAGCAGCUAGCAUUAGCUCAGAGGAUUUUUGGGAGGAAUUUAAUUACAUUUCUACCCGAUUAAUCGAAUACUUGCCUAAUGAAGAUUACAUGAAGUGGGUCAUUUUCAUGUUUGAGUUGCUUAAAGACUUAAACCCACCUCGCUCUAGCCUGACUUGUUAGCCGUUAGCUUGUCAAUCCAGUUAGAACUAAUCUCCAUUUCUCCAAACUGAGGCUAUUUGCUGAGGUAUCCGCAGCAGGAAGGAAAUAAAUUCACAGAGCCUCACCUCAAAAUGUCUAAGCCAUCCUUUGAUAUUUUGUGUGCAGUCCGUGCAGCUGGCCGUUUUCUAUGACUUGAACAUGGCGAGUGGUGAAAAGCGUAAACUGAGAGCAAAUCUGACAUUUUUCAGUGUGUUUUCUUUCUUUUCCAUUACUGGAGAUUAAAUAAAGUGCUUUCAUAAUAUUGCUGUGUUCCCUCUGCACUCCAUAUAGAACAGCGAACCUGGAAGCUAAUAUAUCUGCGUGCAUACGAGGCUUGAUUACUCACUGAGGGAGAGCGCGAGCUGUAGGAGUGAAAGCAGCUCAUUAUGACUGCUGUUCACUGCAGCAGCUGCUCAUCAGACAGGCGAACAGCGAGGAUUAACUUUCCUCGUGGCUCUGGAAGCGUCCCCGCUCCCUGUGCAGGUGUGGACGGAUGAAGCAGACACCAACAUGUUAUUAAAUCAACUGUAACAUCUCCGUAAUUGGCAGCUGAAAGUGGAUGUUCAGGCUCAGCCAUUGUGUCCAUAGAAGAAGGAAAACUUCCAUUUCUGUGAUCAGAAUAAUUGGGUUGUUGUUGUUGUUAUUUUUUUCAGUUUGCCUUAAAGGUUCCACAAACAUCUGUUUGUCUACUUUAAUGAAACAAUUCUUUAUAUUGUAAUUACAAUAAAAAUGAGCUGCUUCUAUCUGUUAAAAAAUAAAAUCAUUUUUUACAGAAUUUCA